GCACUCAAUGAAAGUCAACUAUUAACAAUGCAAGAUACAUUUUCUUCACCAGGUAAUAGAUUUGGUUCAGAAGAUCUGGCUAGGAGAAAGAAGAAUGAGGAGCGAGGACAUCAGCUUUAUAAAAUGAGCAACAAAAUCCUGAAACAUUCCAAAAGCAAAAAAGAGAAAGAGGAAGCUUACCAACUCCUUACCAAAGCAGCAGAUAUGGGACAUUUGAAAGCUAUGGAGAAAUUGGCUGCUGCUUUGCUGUUUGGUUAUCAUGGUCCUCAAAAUAUAACUGCAGCUGUGACAUUAUAUGAGACUUUGGCUGAAAAAGGAUCUCAUAAAGGCCAAACUGCUUUAGGAUUCAUGUUUUCAUAUGGCAUAGGAAUGGAGUAUAAUCAAGCCAAGGCACUUGUUUAUUAUACAUUUGGAAGUCUUGGAGGAAAUUUGAUAGCCCAGAUGAUUUUGGGAUACCGUUACUGGGUCGGAAUCAAUGUUCCAAGAAAUUGUGAAGCAGCACUAACUAAUUACAGGAAAGUGGCAUAUUUCAUUGCUGAUAAAUUAGAAAAAAAUGAAGAAAUGCCAGUAGAAAAAGUGAGACUGAUGGAAAAAUCAGAAAAUCUGAGUUCGAACAAUGACUUCUUAGAUUGGGAUGUACAUCAAUACUAUAAGUUUUUGGCUGAAAGAGGAGACACACAGAUACAGGUAUUUCUUGGACAAUUACAUCUUGCAGGAAGGAAGGGACUAGAGAAAGAUCAUUCUAAAGCUUUCUACUAUUUCCUAAAGGCAGCCAAAGCAGGGAAUACACAUGGUAUGGCAUUCCUGGGAAAGAUGUUUUUAGAAGGAAGUGUUGCAGUGACACAGAGUAAUGCUUCUGCCUUUAAGUACUUCACAAUGGCAGCUGAAAAGGGUAAUGCAGUUGGACUAUGGGGUGUAGGCCUUCUUUAUUAUCAAGGAAAAGGUGUUCCUGUGAACUAUACUGAAGCUUUUAAAUACUUUCAUAUAGCAGCUGAGAAAGGUUUGGCAGAUGCACAGUUCCAGCUAGGAGUCAUGUAUCACUCUGGCUCUGGAGUAAGGAAAGACUAUAAACUUGCCUUCAAAUAUUUUUACUUGGCCUCUCAAAAUGGACAACCCAUUGCUGUUUAUUAUUUGGCUCAGAUGUAUGCUGCAGGGACUGGAGUGUUUAGAUCAUGUCAAAAUGCAGUUGAGCUUUACCGAAGUGUUUGUGAACUAGGAAGUUGGUCUGAGAAAUUCCUGACUGCAUACUUCGCUUAUCAGGAUGGUAAUAUAGAUUCAUCUCUUAUUCAAUAUGCAUUAUUAGCAGAAAUGGGGUAUGAAGUAGCUCAAAGUAAUUCAGCUUACAUUUUGGAAUCUGAACAGGUUAAAAUUCUCAGCAAUGAUCAGAUGUAUCCAUUAGCACUUCUCCUGUGGAACAGAGCUGCAGCUCAAGGCAAUGCAUUUGCUAGAGUAAAAACUGGAGAUUACCACUUUUACGGUUAUGGAACCAAGAGGGAUUAUGUCACAGCAGCAAUUCAUUACAGCCUUGCAGUUGAUCACCACAUCGCUCAAGCCAUGUUUAAUCUGGCAUAUAUGUAUGAACAUGGUUUAGGUAUUCCAAAGGAUAUACAUUUGGCUAAAAGGUGGUAUGACCUCGCAGCACAAACAAGCCCAGAUGCUUCCAUUCCAGUGUUCUUGGCACGUAUGAAGCUAGAAGUUAAGCUUCUAUUCAGCGAGAUGCACCUUUUCAAGCAGUUUACUUCAAGUCGGAAAAUGUCAAAACUGGACACCAUGCUGCGACCACAUUGGGAUCUGUUUGUAUUGGUAGUCAUAGUUAUUUUGCUUGUACUACUGAUAAGAAAUAGGUAGAACUGGGACAAUGUUAAUGUGAAAAUCUUUUGGUAGUUUCCUUUAUAUUCUAAAUAAAAAUUCUAUUACUCAUUUUUCUAACAUCUCUUUCUAAUGCUUAUGUAACAAAGUGAAUAUACAUGUA